AUGAAACCCUUCCCCGUUAACCUCUUCGGUAAGGCCACUACUCUAGUGCAGCUUAAAGCUACGGGUAGGCCACUACUAGCCGCAGAAAGAAGGUACGUCAGCGAAGGCGCCAUAGAACUGGAACCGGAUAAAGAUAUUAUGGAAUAUAUGCGCAACUAUUCUGCGGACCAUUACUUGCUAACGGAUAUGAAGUUUACUGCUGCAGCCAUAUUUAAGGAAAAUAACGUUGAGGCCCUGUUCAACAACAAAUGGCUUAACACUGCUCCGAAUAGUCUGGCGCAAGUGAUGAAUGUCCUGGCUUUGUGCUUCGAGGCGACGCAUCCGCCCAUCCUGAUUGACAACGGCCUAGCCAUACUGGAGAACGAGAAGAUCGAGCGUCACAUUAUGAAGAAUAUACCCGGCGGCUACAAUCUGUUCGUGCAGGACAAGGAGGUGGCCACUCUGAUCGAGAACCUGUAUGUGAAGUUGAAGCUGAUGCUGGUGAAGAAGGACGAUGCCAAGAACAAUGUCCUCUUGUCGCACCUUAAGAAGAUCAACGACCAUUUGGCCAAUCGCAAUACACGCUUCCUUACGGGCGACACCAUGUGCUGCUUCGACUGUGAGCUGAUGCCCCGUCUACAGCACAUCCGUGUGGCUGGCAAAUACUUUGUGGACUUUGAGAUACCAACGCACUUGACAGCGCUGUGGCGUUACAUGUACCACAUGUAUCAGCUGGAUGCCUUUUGGAUACGCCCACCACACACAGCGCAGCAGCAGUAG